AUGGGGAUUCUUCUGGAGGCAGACUACAAGGGCGUCGUGCAAGGACGAGAGCCUAUCAUCAGCGGCCUACAGAGAGCGUUCAGUUCAUCCAAGCUAGGGAGUCAGAAUCCGCUAGAGAGAAAGGAAGGAGAGGCAUUAAAGCCGAAGGAAGGUGAUCGACAGCUGACUUAUGAAUUGAUGAAUAGAGAUUCUGCCAUUGCAUUGGCACAAGAAUCAUCAGGCGAGCAAGUUCCAACAUUCGUAUACAUCUCUGCAGCCGGCGGAGCACCCAUCCUUCCAAGCAGAUAUAUCACGACCAAACGAGACGCUGAAGCAACCAUAUCAUCGAAGCUCCCAGACCUGCGGAGUAUCUUUAUGCGCCCUGCGUUCAUGUAUGACUCUAGCAGAAAGUUCACAUUGCCGAUAGCGAUGGGCGGAUUUAUCGGUACCGAGGUCAAUAAUUUCCUGGGUAACAGACUUCAAUUCCUUGGAUCGAUGGUUGAAAAACCGCUGCAAGUGGACGUUGUUGGCGAGGCCGUGGUUGAGGCGAUGGAAGACGAAUCAACAAGAGGCGCAGUCGGGACAAAGCAAAUCGAAAUACUGGCGACCAGGGCCUGGAGGAAAAGCAUGCUUUGA